UGCCAGCGCUCGGAUCAAUAAAGAGUAGGAGGACUGUUUUGUCAACUUUCUUCUAAGGCAGUUGUUCGAUACAUUGAUAAUAGCAAAUGUGGUCUUAAUUAAAACAUUUAUUAUAUCCCUAUCCCCAAAAUCCAAAUCAUCUAAUCAAAUAAUACGAUAUGGUUUCCUUAGAAGAUAGUUGGAAAGAAGCAACUGAGGGAUUAGAUAGUGAAGUUUGUGACACUUGGUUUACUCGACUUCAGGAAGCUUAUUCCGAAGAGAAAAGGACUUAUCAUAAUGUAGAAUCUCUUUGCGAGAAGCUCAAUCAUUUUUAUGAAAUAAAGGAGUGCAUUAACAAGCCACAGGCUAUGUUGUUAGCGCUUUUCUUUCAAAAUUUCGAAUAUGAUCCAAAGGCAUUAGACGAUGAAAAUAAAAGUUUAGAACACUUUUCAGCAUUUGCUGAUGAAGUUGGAAUCCCAGCAGAUGGAGAAUUACGAGAAAAGACUUGCGCUCUAUUGAGAGCAGCAGCGACGCAUAGUACAGAAGCACAUAAAAUUGGAGGCGCAUUUGGAGGAGAAGAUGCUCACUAUUUAUUAGAUUUAGAUAUGGCUAUUUUGGGAUCUGUACCUGAAAAAUAUGCAGAAUACAGAGAACAAAUUCGUGGGGAAUAUUCCUUUCUCAGUGAACCCAUGUACACUGCACUGAGACUGAAGGUGCUACAGAAUUUUGUGCAGAUUCCAAACAUCUUUGCAACGAAGGAAUUUCGAGAAAAGUUUGAAGAGCAGGCGCGACAAAAUAUUCAAGCAGAAGUGGAACUUUUGUCAUAGAAUGUUUUUUGAAAAACAUUUUUGAUAAAUGCCUUGAUAUUUUAAAAAAGGUCAUUAAGAUUUUUUUUCUUACUGUUAAAAAACUUUACAUAGAUCUCAUAAGAUCGAAAAAAAUUAUACAAUGAAAAUAUUUAAUUUAAAAUUUUAUUUAAAUAUUGAAUUUAAAUAUUAUAAAUUGUUUAAAAACAAGUUCGUAGUUUUAAAAGUACAAGCACGAAGGAAUUAGCGAUCUUUAAAAGAAUCGCAAAUGAAAAGAUAUGAACUUAAAAACAGAUUUAUUUUUCUUCAUCAAAAAAAAUCCUAAAUGAUACUCUUAAAAGUUAUAUUAAGAAAAAAAAAACUAUAAUAAUAAGUCUUGUUGUUUAUCACCAAAGCUAUUCAUUGCAAAUAAGAAAAAAAACCAUUAGUGUUAUUUGAUUAUAUACA